AUGACCGUGCGGACGAGGCGUGCAGGCGCUGGCCCACGGACGACCGCUGGCCUUUGCGCAGGUGGAGCCUCUUUUUCCGCUUGCUGCCUGGUUGAAGAAGCUUCGUGCCAGGAUGCCAAGGACGACAGAGGCGUGGAGCUCAGCUUCCGGGGCGCGCGCGCGUGCCUUCUGUCGCAAGCAAAGCAGCUCCGCGGACUGCCCCCCCUGAGGCCGCACAGCCCUGAUGGUGGCUGCCCUGCCAGGGCGGAGCGGCCGAGGGAGCUGCUCCAGCGCAAUCCGCCCAUGGCCCAGCCUCCAAGCGCCAUGGGGCUUCGGGAGUUGGAUGUUAGGCGCAAUCGUUGCCCAAAGUAG